ACCAUCUAAUACUAUCGCUCUUUAACCGAGCACGGCCAACCGGUCUCUCAGUCUUUAGACGUACGCUCGAAGGUAAGCAGUGUCUGCCAUCAUCGUAACACCUGUUACAUUGUGCUCCAAUCCGUGCCGUGUGUGCUUUUUGUUUUCGUUCGCCUUCUUCGCUUACUUCUUGUUCUGGGCUGCCGACGAGCCUCACGAUCACGAUCACGAGAGUUCAAUCCGUGGGCCCGCUUGGAUCGCGUAAUCGCCGAGUCAGCAGCUUGUGCUUGUCGCGCAUUGAAGUUUUCUUCAGCUCGUACCACGCCAACCGUGAUUUUCAUCGCUUUUCGGGAUUUUGUUGUGCUUUUCGUUUUCCGUUUAAUCAUUCAAUUAUUGUUAAUUUGCUUACGGAAGAUUCGCUGGUCGAAGAGAGCGAAGAAGAAAAACCAAAACAAUAUAAUCAAUUCGGAGAUUUACGGCAGUUGAAGUGGUUUGUGUUGAUGCAGCAGAUGUAUGUGGCCAGCGGUAAACGAGAGUCAAGUGUGUGCAGCUGUCAGAACACUGCCCAAGAAGGAAAGCUUUUAAUCGAAUAAGAGUGAACGAUUAGCUAUGGAUUUUCAGUUAAUCAACAGGUUUUUUAGUACCAGGGAGCAGAUUUGACGGAGAAAUUGUUGCGAAAUUGUGUCUGAAACCGGUGAAUCAACAAGUAACAAUUGUUAUCAUUCUAUUGAAGAAAAAUAUGUCAAUAUGUCGCUUUACAAAUCGGAUUAGCAGAGAAGCUCACAAGUUAAGCAUUUCAGCGGUCAGUGUCACGUUUUUCGCUGAUGUUGUGGAAUGGAAUGCGUGCAAUGAAACUAGCCUAACCAGAAACACCUUAAUAGGCUAAAAGAUUAAACCAAAGCUUGUUGCACAGCACCGUGUUCGUGUCACCUUGCUGCGAAACAGUUCGGGCCAAGGUUUUGUUUGUUUUACUACGGUUAAAUGUAACAUUUUGUACGUUAGUGUUUGUAGCUGUAUUUUGGAAAAAAAAGUGAAAUCAUAACGAAGAUAAAUCCCGUAAAUCACAUAAAAAACUAUCGAACCCAUCCUGACAGUGCUGAAUGGAUUCUUUGACUAUACAAGCGAACAGCGAGAGGCAAAUGGCACAGGAAAACAAGACGACAAUUAACCAGUACUCAUGGAACUCGAAUAAAACCGUUUGAUGAUCAAUCGGUCAAAAAUUAAAAGGAGAAAAAAUAGAUAUCUCGGUAGACGGUGGUUUAUGGUGGUUGCGCGCGGUGGAAAAUUAAUUAGUGCACUCGAGAGUUAAUCCGCCAGUGAGAAAGAAGGAUCAGAAAAAAAGUGUUUGAAAUCCGAAUCGUGUUAUCUGCGAGUGGAUUCUUUUUUGAGCCGUAUUUAUGCCAUCCACAUUCGCGGUCUUCACAGAACGAGUGAACGAAAAUAAGGGAAUAAAAAAGCUUAGAUUAUAGCCGGACCCAGACCCAACAGCCCGCUGGAUCUGCUGGGCGCCACCAAAUGCUAACCAGUAGCUAGUCUGCUCUGUGAAGCAACCGCAUGACCGAAGCUGAUACCGGAAUCAGUUAAUUGGAUUAAAUCUUGUUAAUGAUGAUCUAAUAACUGGACUCGAACGCACAUGAUGCGUUUAUUUAAAGGCAGAAAGCUUUCUAAUAUAGAUAGUGCAUUCUCAGAAUCAGCACCGUCAGAACCAAUAUCUAGCGAAGCUGACCUCGGUGCUGUACAGAGGAUCCAAUCAAACCGUAAUGAUAUUAGCGAUUCAAGCAUUGAUUCAUCAAAUUUUGGUCGAGCAGGCGCUCGUGGUAGUUCAGGGCCACCGCUAGCUUUGGAAUCGAAUCAAAACGGUUCACUGCUGGUGUGCUCGCCAGCACAAACCUUAACAGGGACACUCUUCCGGGAUGCUGGUUUAAAUGAUUCAAUAUCACAGCCAACGGCUGCGCUGCUUCAAAAUAGAAAAUCUUUGCCAAUUUAUAACAAACCCGAAAAUAUAACAUUAUUGUUCGAGAAACAACCCCAUCACGGACCUGGUCUCGCGAUAGGAAACGGAAGUGGUGCGUCGUUGUCAACAGGACAGCUAAAACAGAUGCAUCAUCGACAGUAUCAGCAGCAGCAACAGCAUCAGCAGCCAUCAUCGGGCUUUCAUCCUCAACGGCAGCACUCGCAAUCCAAUCAAAUAACCGCAAUCGGGCCGCUGAUUGGCAGAAACAGUAUUGGUCCACUGCCCGGGUAUAAGCUGGUCACUGCUGUUCCAGCCAUGGUGCUAGACGACGAACCUCCUACAAUCACUGCGACUGUGGCAACGGUGGCGAAGGAGAGCAAAAAUGUAUUCACAUGGGGUCGAAAGAUGGGCAAAAAGUUUGACCUUCUGCGUCGUGGUAGUGAUGCCCAGAAGCUCCCGACGACACCUCCAUCACCAACUAACACGCCAACAUGCGUGUCCAUAUUCAACACCGACACCAUCAAGAAAACCAAAACCGUUCCACUAAAAGCAUAUCAACCAGGAAAUGAUUCUUUGGUCAAACUAAAUAACGAACGUUCCUCCGGAACGCUGAGAAAUUUUUUCUAUCGCAUGGGAUCAACUGGAAUGUUGAACAAUCGUUCCAGCCAAAUUCAAAAACAAAUUCAACAACAAUCAUCUAAACAGCAACAGCAAAAGCAGGAAUCCAGUCAAUCACAAACGAACCAAACUGGUUUCACGGGCAAAGGUAAAAUGGAUGGACAUUCGGUGCUCUAUCGAAGCAGCUCCACCAGUCAACUGAACUCUUCCUCAUACGUCAAAUGUGAUGACCCAACGGAAGGUAUCAACUUGGCCAAUGGAAACCACAAAAAUGCAGUCAGCAGUACCAAUCUCAACAGCCCUCCGCUCGAUCAGUCAACUCCAAAGCAAUCUCCGGCUACAAAAUCAUCCAGCUGUGAUGACAUAGUAAGGGUAGCUGCCUCUCAAGAACAACUGUCAAAGAAAGCACAUUUCCCGUACGCUUUUCUUCGUUCCAAGUUGUCAGUGCUGCCCGAAGAGAACGGAGGUUCCGUAAUCAACUACAAUCGAAUACGGGAGAAUCUUCUCCGAUCGGGGAACCGUGGAUCAGUUAUUAGUCUUCGGUCCGAGUUUGAUAACAUAUCGAUAGCUGAUUCACAGUUGAAUAUUUCCGACAACGGAGAAGUGUUUCUGUCAGGAACCGAUUCAAAAUCCCUUACGGCAUGUGAACUGGGAACAAUGUCUCGCAACAACUCGAUUAAGAAAUUAUCCGACGAUCCAAGUUUCGUCGGUAACUACCAAAGACUGAGCAGUUGUCUGAGCAGCAAUGAAUCUGGUUACGACAGCGAUGGUAGACAUGCGGAGGAUAAAAUGGAUGACAAUGGAUCCGCAUCGGCGGUGAAUAGUCUGACGGCACAUCCCGGUACAACGAGCAUCGACUCGUACGCGGAUGCGAUACGGAACAAGGACCAAUCUUACAUGUUCGGUAGCAGACGCCGACUCUCUUCAACUAGCUCGGUUGUGUCCCUGCAAAAUUUGGAUAGCAGCUCGGUGCGACGACGCUUCCGACAGAUUAAACUAGGAAAGCAAAGACCCCACGAAGUGGUAGGCAUUGAGUUGACACCACAGACGGUUAGCACGGAUGAAGGCGAUUGCGAAACACGUUAUCUGGUGACGGAAAUUGACCCGGAAGGAAUUGCCUAUAGAGAUGGGCGCCUGCGGAUUGGCGAUGAGAUUGUCAACGUAAACGGGCACCAUUUACGUGGUCUGCAAUCUCCCAGCACGGUUCAACGCAUACUGUCGACAUUCGUGAACAACAUUGUAGACCUUGUCAUUGCGCAUGACGAGCUAACUACGUUCAACACUGACCUGCACCGGAAGAUCAAGAUUGACGCUAGCGCAAGUAAUCAAGUCAACGAAUUGGAGAUCAACGAUGCGGGUGGGCCAAACACAGUCAAUGGCAAUAUUCCGAGACAGCAACAUUCUGUCCUAGUGCCAGGCUCCUCGACACUGAUCAAUUGCUCGGCACCCAACUCGAAUGGACGCUUGAAACAGCAGCAUCAAACGUCGGUGAAAUCUUUUUUCCCAAUGACACCCAUCUACGCACCAACGGACUACGUUCCGGUGUACGCUAAUAGGAUCUCCAUUUCCAACACUAUUUGUGACGAUGAAAAAUGGCAAAUGUUAAGCAGGCAGCGAAGUGAGGCGUUGGGCAAGAAUGGCUAUUCGCAGAUACUUGGCUCGAAGCGGGUCAUUAAAGACAGUGACGACGAUAUCAUCAUCGUUCCGCAAGGGCUCCCAAACGGUGCCCAGUCAGGUGAAGCAGGACUUCACACGCUCUAUCGACCGGUAUCACAGGGUAACCUUAGUCGCCAUUCGUCAAUCGCCCAUCUGGCGGAGAAUGACGACUGUGAGAACGAUGCAAUUCCGGCCCGUCCGGUCACCAUGGUAGAGAUAAUUUCCGACACCAUCCGUCGUAACGUUCCUUUCGGUAGCAUUAGCAGCAGCAACCGCCAGGCAAACCUUGACUAUCGGUCUAUCAAGAUCAAGAAACCAGAGGAUAUUCCAAAGACAGUACAAAGAAUCAGGCUGAAAUCUUACAAUGAAACCGGUACGGUUUUGGCUUCAGAUGCAGACGAAACAAACCCUGCUAAGACCACGACAGAAGGAAAUUCGCUCCAACGGUCAAAGACGGAGCAGAACAUAAGUGGCCAGGAAGAGUUGGAUUGUUCGAUCGAUAGCACCAAAUACGAAUCUGGCGUUCGAAUAUUAAUUAACGACGAAGGAUCAUCAUAUAUUGAGGGAAUUCACAAAUGCACCUAUUUAACGGUUACCUAUUACAAAGGUGUUGGUAUGAAGUCACUUGGUUUCAGUAUCGUCGGCGGAAGAGAUUCUCCGAAGGGCAACAUGGGUAUCUACGUUAAAACAGUCUUCCCUAGUGGACAGGCGGCUCUAGAUGGCAAUCUUAUGGCUGGCGACGAGAUAGUUUCGAUCAAUGACGUGAUGGUGAUAGGAAUGAGUCACACAGAAACUAUUGCACUGUUCAAAAAUAUUAAGGAAGGACCGGUAAUGUUAAAAUUGGCCAGACGAAAGUAUCAAAGAGCCAAAUCCGUAGAUAACUUGCCAAAUUGAGCUGCACCAUGGACAACAACACAACCUUUUUUAAAUCCUUCAAAGUUUAUCUUACUAGAUGUCUUCCAACUUAGCUUCCCUACCACCCCAAAUGAUUUCACUCUAAAGCAUUUUUGCGCUACCACACUCAGAAGCAAAAGGAUCGACCGCAAGGUUAUAGCACUCAAUUCUAGUCACUUAUGUGUACUUAAACUUAAAAAAUGAACUUUUUGUAUACCAUUUGUCUCAAUCUGUAAAUCUACUAAUUAAGACUAUCAUUAGUUAAGUUGUGUGAUUAAAAUAUUGGGCCCUGAAAUCGUAGACGAAAACAAAGGUUCUCGGUAAGAUUUAGAUGUAAAUCACGUUUACGAAAGAAUCAAAGAUUAUUCAGCAAGUGUGUACAAAACUUUAUUGUUACAGUAAAUAAAAGAUUUCACUCUUUUGAUUCCGCAA